AAGAAAAAAACAAAUUAAAAACAGCUGACACAAAACGUGUUUCAAAACAAUUGAACACUUUAGUAUUUAAAAUUUUUUAUAAUUAACAAAAUGUCUGCAAGCAAACGUAAAAAUCUUAAUGCCAUGGAAGAAGAUCCCAGUGACUCGGAUUCGGAAACAUCCAGUGACGAUGAUGAAGACGAUGGUCCACAUCCAGAUGCUUAUACUGGAAAUGAGGAAGUUCAAAUAGAUUUUGAAGGGCGGGCGCCUGUUGAUCCUGAUUGCCAUGGCAUAUCACAGCUCCUGCAAAGAGUUUUUCUUAAGGCUCAUAUUAACACCAUGCAAAUGGCUGAUAUGAUAAUUGCUCAAAACUUUGUUGGUAGCGUUAUUUGUCAAUGCGACGAUGGCAUGGAAAGUGAUGCCGACGAUAUGUGCGAAGAUGGUACCAUAUUUGGAAUUACAACCGUUCUAAAUAUCACUGCCAAGAAAAACUCUCCCUGUAUUGAUCAGUUUCGUUCAUUUGUUGUUCAAAAGGCAGAAAAACAUGCCCCAGAUUCGGUGCUUAAACAUUUCCGUGAUGUUUUGGGCAAUGAGGCUAGACCCAUUGGAUACUUGAUAAACGAACGUUUCAUAAAUAUUCCCUCACAAAUAUCAGUGCCAUUAUUGGAAAAUCUAUAUAAGGAAAUUAAUGCAGCCAAACAGAAAGGAAUGCCAUUCAAUUUUGUCUAUUUUCUAAUGAUCAUCAAAUUCUAUCGUAAGGAGGCGAAAAAAGGCAAACCAAAAGAAGAUACCUACACAAAUGCUGAAGAAGAACUCAUAGCUACAAAUGCUGUGAAUUCAUUUGAAUAUUCCGUGGCGGAUGAAUGCGAUAUGGGAAUGUCAGGUGAUUGGUUGGAAGGUGAUGCAAAUCUGACACCAUAUCGGAAAGUUGUAUUAUUCGAUGCAAAGAAUUUGCCCCAGCUAAUACUGGAUAUUCAAAAAUAUAUUAAUGGUGAAUAAAAUUUAUUGAUAACACGAAGCGAAAUUACAUUUGAUAUUUAUACACGAAAUGGAGAUAAAGUAUGUAUUUUUUAAUAUUUUAAGACUAAAAAUAAAGUGAAAUGACUAUAAGAACCCACAUAUGAAA